AAUGCGGUCACCAUUACUUCUACAGCAGCAACUAGCCGUUUCGGGCUAUCCAACGAACGACAGGCGUUCACCGGCUCUUUCGAAUUAUAUUCAACCCCAUGUACCGGCUUAUGGAACCGCUACGAAGACCCGACGAUACCAAGGGCUUCCGCCAGGUGGGCCCGUUGCUCGUCUACGAGUCGUUUCUAACGACUCUUCCUACCGCAAUUCUUCAGAUGUAGAAUUGGAAAGACCGCCUUCAUCUUAUGAAUCACUAAGAAAUCGAGCGACUGAUGCUAAGAACAAAAUGCAUUUGCACAAAACAAUGUUGGACCGCUAUUUACCAAUUUCCUUUGGUCCUGAAAAUGCUGUGGAAUAUGAGGUCGAGUUUAAAUUUGAUGAGUUGGCUCAGCGGAUGCCGUCUUUGGAUCCUCGGAGGCCAACACGGUAUUACAGGGGUUCAUCUUUACCUCCGCCUUCUCGUGGUACCACCAACAAUAAGAGUUUUGCGGAGUCUUAUAGACCUGGAAUGUCCGAUACAAGGAAGAAACUUCGACAAGUUAUUUGCCAAGCAAAAAAGGAUCCCCACUACUUUGCUUGA